AUCAUACGUGGGGUGUAGAUACUCUGUUUCAGCGUGAAUUGCUCACGCUCCGAGCGCUAGGCGACAUCUUUGACCAGAAGGGGUCCGCACUUUCCACUGCUUUCUUUUCCUGAAGCCCAGCUUUCCUAGGGUCAUAUGCAUAUCAACUUGCACAUAUGGCAUAGGUUGACGCGGCGAUAGCAGCCGGGGCUCAGCACUCGGCUUCUUUUGCGCUGGCCAGUGUGCCAGCGCCAGCAGGAGAGCCAUGUUCGGCAAAAUCCUGCGAGCCGGGAAAGGCUCUCAUGGGCUCAAGUACAAGAUCGACGUGCAGGUUACGCAGCUGGAGAACCUGCCCUACUCCAUCAGAAGAUGCAGGGUGGUAUGGGCCCGCAGCGCGAAGGUGCAGAUGACCGACAUCAAGGAUGCCCGUGGAAGUGUGGCGUCCUUCAAGCAGACGCUCAGUCAGGUCACCACUGUCUAUCGUGAUAAGUCUGGGAAACUCGAGGCAAAGGAGUACGAGUUCAAGGUGCAGGUGCCCGGGAAGAACGAAAGCGACGCGCUGGCGACGAUUGGCAAGGCCACGCAGGACAUGACCAAGUUCUGCACGGACCAAACCACCACCCAGAACGUGACCAUACCCAUUACGUUCAAAGUUGGCGGCACCACCACGGGAUACCUGAAGUUGGUGAUCACAACCGUCUUCUUGGGUGACGCAAACGACGAUGGCCUCACGGAAGUGUCGGGCUUGACUGGGCUAACGUCGGACCACGGAUCCGUGCGCGAGCAGGACCUGGAGGGCUUUGGCGAUGAGGAAGGCAAGUUCGGCAAGAAGAAGAGCAAGCGCGACGACGGUGCGUCGUCAUCUGCCCGCAGCAGCAAGCUGACGGAAAGCAAGAGCAGUCGGCGCAAGCCGCCGCCGAUUGCUGAGGAGGACGCGUCAGACCUGGAGGAGGACGCUCCACCUUCGGCCAAGCCCAACAAGUGGCCCAAGCCGCCAGCGGACGAAGACGAGGGCGACGACAACCCAUUCGCCAAGAAGGCAUCGAAGGCUGCCAAGAAGGCCCCGCCGCCCAAGGUGUGGGAGGACGACGAGGACGUGUCGCCAAUGAACUCCGACGUUUCGGAAUCUGAGAUAACGCCCGUUGCCAAGUCCAAGUCCAAACGGCAGCCGGAGGAGAAGCUAGAGGACAUGAAGUCGUCCCUCUUUGCUACCAAAAAGGCGCCCUCUAGCAGACCAGGCGCGGGCGCCAGCACCAGCGCAGCAGCGGCGGCAGGGCCAUCGUCCAGCAAGGCCGUUGCAGCCUCCAGCAAGGCAAAGGCUGCGGCGCCGCCAGCUGAGGACGAGGACUCUCUGCGCGGCGACCUCUUCUCAGCCAAGCCCAGGUCGUCAGCGAAGCCGAAGGCCGCACCUCUGCCGGCCGACGAGGACGAGGACUCCUUGCGCGGCGACUUGUUCUCAGCCAAGUCGAAAGGCGCAGCGACGGCGUCCAGCUCCACAAAGGCGAAGGCCGCACCGCCACCAAUCGAGGAGGAGGACGAGGACGCUCUGCGCGGCGACCUCUUCGCGGCCAAGCCGAAGGCCACUGCCGGCAAGUCCAAAGCAGCAGCAGCGCUGCCACCGGCGCAAGAUGACGACGAGGACGAGCUCAGAGGCGACCUUUUUGCAAAGCCCAAAAGCACCAGGACAGGAGCGUCCAAGGCAGCAGGCGCCGCCGCCGCUGCGGCUGUCACGACGGCGGCAGUGGCCGGCAAGGGCAAGUCCAAGGCGGCUGUGGUGGAGAGCGACGAGGAAGAUGAUUACGCGCCUUCAACCAGCGCCGCGGCCGCGUCCAAAUCCAGGGCCGCGCCGGUGGGGGGGAAGGGCCCAAGUAGCGCGGAGCUGGAACAGCUACGGCAGCGCGUGGCGGAGCUGGAGGAGCAACUGGCAGACGAGAAGGCGGCCAAGGACGACUUAAACAAGAAGAUGCAGAAGUACGUGGACAAGAUCGCCGACCUGGAAGACCAACUUGCAGAGGCGGAUGUGGCGGCGCUGUUCUCCCAAAUGCGGGAGAUGGAGACCAAGUACCAGGCGGAGAUCAAGGAGCUCAUGGAGCAUCACCAGACCGAGAUGGAGGAAAUGGAGGAGCGGCACCGGCUUGAGCUGGAGGAGGCCCAGGAGGUCGCCAAUAGCUCGGGACGCGGUCGCGGUGGUGCCAGCGCGGAUGAGCUCAAGCGGCUUGAAGCGGAGCUACGAGAUCAGGAGGCUUCGCUCCGGACCCGCACUGCAAAGCUUGAGGCGGAGCAGGCUUCAGCCGACUCAGCACGGAAGGCCGCAGAGGCUAAGCUGGCUGAGGCCAACCGGAUGAUCGACGAGAGCCUACUCGUAGCCACCAAGAGCCAGCAGGAAAACAAGGCGCUGCAAGAGGACAUUGCGCGGCUGAAGCGGCAGCUCGAGGAUGCAUCCAACCGGGACACCAGUGCCGCCGUUGCGGCAGCAACGGCCGCCUCCGCCAACGAUGCGCACCGCAGCUCCGAAGACGACGCUGAGCUGGAGGAGCUGCGGGAGAGGAUUGAGGAGCUGGAGGAGGAGAACGUGCGGCUGCAGAAGCUGACCGAUGCCGCUGAGCGGGCGGCGGACGACAUGCUGGAUGACGUCCGCUCCCUACUUCAAGACGUCCACGGCGGCGAUGACCUCCUCAACUCUCCAGGAUCGGCACCGCGGUUGCCGCUACUUGCGGCUGGUGUUCACAGCCUUUGCAGUGCCUACGGGCGGCAGUCGGUGGAACUGCGCGAGGUGGCGUCCAGGCUGCGGGACAUGACGCACCAGCUGUCCACAGCCCAGGCGGCUGCUCGGUCUGAAACUGCCAGCGAGGUCGGAGACGGAGCUGGCGGGAAGGUCAAGCCGCACGAACUCCUGUCGCGCGUGCAGCAGCUGACAGCAGAGCGCGACACGCUGCACGCGCAGUUGGAAGCCAGCCGCCAGCAACUCCGUGAGCAAACGGCGGCAGCGCAGCAGUGCACCACCGAAAUGCGGCAGCAGGUGGAGAAGCUUGAAGCCGAGAAGCUUGUGCUUGCGCAGCUAGAGGCGGAGUGCGUUGAGCUGCGCAAGCAGGUGUUGACAAUUGAGCAGCUGGAGGCGGACCGUGAUGCACUGCAGAAGCAGCUGGACACAAAUCAGCAGCAAAGCUCGGCGCAGACGGCUUCGCAACGGCGCGUUGCUGAGCUGCAGCAACAGGUAGAGAAGCUUGCCGCUGAGAAGCUGGCGGCCGAGCAGUUCAAGGUCGCCACCAUAGCGGAGCUCAGGCGGCAGAACGACGAGCUGCGCAGCAGCCUUCACACGCUGUCGCCUGCGCGUGACAAGCACGGUGGCCCAGACGGCGACAGCGACUCCUCUCGCGGCGGCAGCACACGCCUCGCGGCAGCUGCCGCCGGCCCGGAGGGCAACUGGCAUGAGCUCCAGACGCUGGUCACGCGGCUCAAGUCCGAACGAUCUGAGCUACGCCGCGAGACAGAGGUGCUGCUAGACGAGAAAGCCAACCUGCAGAAUCAGGUGCAGGAAUUGCAGCGGAAGCUUCAGGAGGCGCAGCGGCAGGUGCAGGAGCAGCAGCGGCAGGUGCAGGAGCUGCGGUUAGCGCAGCGCUCCGCUGCUGUCACAGCCAAUGCAGCAGCGACUGCCGCCACCGCCAGCAGCGCGUUUGCAAGCCGGCAGAUGUCCAUGCCACCAAUGGGCCGGGUGGAGGAGCUCGAGGCUGAAGUUGAGCGGCUCAAAGCGCAGCUUGCGGACUUGUCGGAGGCGGACGCUGUGAUCAAGGAGUGGAGUGACUACUCAGCUGGGCUAGCCACCGACAAGUCCCGGCUGGAGGUGCAGCUGCAUGAGCUCUCGCGCCAGCUGGAGGUAGCGGCGAGCACAGCUGCCGCUGCCGACCUGAAAGCGGAGAAGGCGGAGCGCAGGGCUGAAACGGCGGAGCGGAGAAUUGAGGCCGCGGAACGCCAGGCAGGGCAGGCGCAGAAGAGCGUGCAGGCGGCAGAGCAGCGCGCUGCUACUGCUGAGGCUCGCGUAGCUGCCGCUGAGGCGGCGGCCGCUGGAGCCGCGGCGGCGGCAGCAACAAUGGCCGCUGCCAAACGCAGCAUGGAGGCGGCAGAGCGGCGGGCUGAGGCUGCCGAGGAGAAGGCAGCACAGGCGCAACGUAGCCUGCAAAUUACUGAGCGGCAGCUAGCCAUUGCAGAGGCGGCAGCAGCAGAAGCGGCGGCAGCUGAGGCGCGCUCGCGCGCUGAGGUCGCGCAGUACGUUGCAAGCGGCAUGCAGCCAGCGGACAGCUCGGAGGUGGAGGAGCUCCGGCAACAGAUCACACGGCUGGAGGCCUCGUUGUCGCUCCUGCGGACACAACUGCAGGAGCGGGCGUUCGGCGCGCCAGGCGAUGGCGCCGCGGGGCGGCCAGCGACCCAGCAACGCCGCAGCAGGGGGCUCGACCUGCAGCGGCAGUCCAGCAGCGGGGCGGGCGGUGACGACGACGCAAGCUCGACGCGCUUCAGCGAUGAAGGGCGCUCCCGGUCAUGGGAGGUGGAGCUGGAGCAGCUACGUGCGCAGAACGCGGCCUUGGAGACCACCAUUGCGGGCUUGAGAACGGGCUUAGCCAUCGCUUCACAGCAGCAAGAAACGGCUAUUGCCGCGCACCGCGCCGCCGACGACGCCGCGGCGCAGCAGCUGGAAGACCUUCGGCUACAGCUGGCGCAGGCCGUGCAGGAGAAGGCCGACCUGGAGGGCACGAUUGUCAUGCUCCGCGCGGAGGUGGAACGUGCCCCGCUAAUACGCGCUGCGGCUUCCGUAGCGUCCGCUCCAAGCUCACCCGGCGGUGAGCUGGAGGCGCUGCGGCAUCAGGUGGCAGAGCUGGAGGCGGACCUAGUAGACAUCCGCAACGACCGCUCCAUGCUGUCGGCGACAGUGGCCGGCUUGCGCUCGGAGGUUUCACGGCUGCAGGAGGACAAGGCGGAUGCUGAGUCCACUAUCGGCCGGCUAUCGGCCGAGAUGGAGGAGUUGGCGGAUGCGCUCGACACCUCCAACAAUGAGAAUGAGCGCUUGUCAAUGGAGGUGUUUGAGCUGCGGAGCAAGGUCGAGGAGCUGGAGGGCGAUGGGGCUGCUAGCGCAGCAUCCGAAGAGCCACGCCGCCGCUCCCUCCAGUCAGCCGCCAGCGCAUCCAGUGCUGACGUGCCCGUGCCAGUCACCCAUGGCCCGCGCGCUGCGGCAGCUGAGCGGGAGCUCGCCGCUGCGCGUGCCCUGACGCGCGAGCUUUUGCAGCAGAUGGCGGUGCGUGGCAUGUACGGCGUGCCGCCUGACGACGAGGACCUGACCGAUGCCCUCAAGUUGCUUCAGACGCAAAUAGUUGAGCUGCAGAAGCAGUGCCAGGCGCAACAAGCCGCGGCACGCAGCAGCUCCGCAGCUGGCGCUCAGGUCAGCUCCGCAGCCACUGAGGCACAGCUAUCCAAGGCGACCGCCCGCAUCGUUGAGCUCGAGCAGUUGCUGGAGGACGCGGAGAUUGAGAAUCAGCACCUCACGGAGCAGCUGGAGGAGUGCCUUACAGUAGGCCGUGCAGGUCCUGGAAGCGUGGGCUCGGCCAAUGACGAGUGCCAGUCGGCCUCGUAUGGCGGCGUGGCGGCGGGCGCAACGGGAGUCAGCAAUCCUUACAGCUACGGCCACGCCAACACGCUGACACUUUCAGCGCUUGAGCAGCGUCUGGCGUUAGCGGAGUCGCGCCGGGACGAGCUCAGCAAUGCGCUUGAGGAGGCCUCGGCCGGCAACAAGCGGCUGGAGGCCGACGUGGCUUCCCUACAACGCCAGCUGGCAGCCGUGCGGCGAGGGCAAGACCCCAGCACGGUCGACGACUUUGAGCGCGUUCCUCAGGUGCCGUCGCGGUCUCGCGGCUCGCGGGCUACCUCUGAUACCGAGGAGGCCAACAAGAAGCGCAUGGAGGAGCUUGAGGCCGCCAACCGCAAGCUGGAGGCGGUGUGCGACGACCUGGAGGAGAAGUCGCUGCUGGCGCAGGAGCGCGUGGAGACGCUGCAGGAGGAGCUGCAGGAAUCGCAAGACCGAAUCCGCGCGCUGGAGGCGUCGCUGGCCACUGCGGUGGCGGCGCAGAAGCGACUGGAGGAGGAGGCCGCGGGCGGUGCCUCUGACCGGCAAGCCAAGGAGAAGGUGGCUGACCUGGAGGGCCGGCUGGCACGCGUCACUCGGGACAAGGCAGCCCUGGAGGAUCAGCUUGCGGAGGAGCGUGCCAACCGGCAAGAGUUGGAGGAGACGCUCAAGGACAAGCUCGACCGCGCGGGCGACGACGAGGCUGCUGAGACGGUGGCCGCAUUUGAAGUCAAGUACAACCGCCUCAAGGAGCGCUACAAGAUGCUGGAGGAGAGCAGCCAGGAAGAGAUUGACGAGCUUCAGGACCAGCUCACGGACGCGCAGAACCAAAUCACGGACCUGCAGCGCCAGGUCAAGCAGUUGCAGUCGCAAGCCGCACAGAGCCGUGCGGCGCCAGUCGCGGCUGCAGGCGCCGGCGCCAGCGCGGAAGAGGUGCGGAGGCUGCGGCAGGAGAACGAGCAGGUCGUCUCGCAGCUGGUGGCCAAGACCAUGGAGCUGGCGCAGCAGAGCGAGAAUGAGAUCACGCUCAAGCGUGAGCUGGCGCGGCUCCGGGAGGUGAACAUGAAGCUGGCGGACAAGGCCACCUCGCUGGAGGCGCAAGCGGCACAGAUGCAGAUGCAAAUGCAGGCCAUGAUGCUGCAGGCGAGCGCGGCUGGCAAGAAGGGCAAGAAGUAGAUAGGUUAGUUAUCGGGACGUGCGUACGGGACGUGGGAGGGGGCGGAGUACGAUUGGCACACUGAGUGGUGCGUGCAUCAUGUGACCCCACAUUGUUUCAUACUGCAUAACUACCAACUGCCGUGUGCUAAAACGAACGAGGCUUGAGGCUCAUGUGCGAGUACCAGGGUGUACGAGAGCGCUUUCCACCAGGAUUCAAUGGGGAAGAGCGGGGCCGGGCUACAGGGUGUGUUUAUUGGAUCAAGCACAGGUGUGUGUAUGUUCGUGCACCGCCAGUGAAAUCAGGGUGCCGUCAGCCCCUUUUGGCCAUUACCAUGCUAGCUAACGCAAUUGUACGUGGCUGAUGCAAGACAAUGGCUAAUUGAAUCGUACGAUGAACAAGGGGAAUGUAAGGUGCCAUUGUC